AUGCAAUUCCACGUCCUCGCCACCAUUACUCUCCUGAUUGCAACUGCGUCUGCAAUCCCAACCACCACUUCUGUCGAGACCUCCAUCGAGAAGCGCACUUGCGGAACCCUCACCGGGACUGCCUUAUCUGUUUGCCAAACAGCUUGUGAAGCUGCUUGUGAUGUUGUCACGGCUGCGAUUGCUAAAAGCUUGUGCAAGGAUGCAUGCAAAGCUGGUCCUUUGUAG